GUUUUCUCGUAUUUUUCCAGCAGCAUGUCAAUUACAUGAACGUUCUGAGCCCUUUACUAUCGUCAGUUUAAAUUUGACACCGACGAGAAGCUACUCAUCUGAGCAAGAUGGCUGUAGUAACAGCUGAUAAUCAUGGGCCCCUUCUGAAUGUCGCUAUGUGGAUUGUGUUGGUACCCAUGAUUAUCAUAGCUUUGACAAAAAUGUAUACCAAAUACGACACUCUUCGCAAAAUCCAGAUGGAUGAUUAUUUGGGUCUCAUUGCUAUGUUGUCGUCGGUAGCUCAAUCCAUAUGCACAUCGGAACAAAUUGCUCAUGGACUUGGGCAAAAACAAGACAAUAUGCUUCAGAGUGAGCUAAAUCGCUUCUAUAUAGCUCAAUAUGCUGGUAAUAUCAUGUAUAUUUCAGUAAUCUUUCUCACCAAGCUAUCAAGUCUUUACUUCUUUGUUUGUCUCACUAGAGAAGGAAGCAGCAAACGCCGAUUGAUUCAUAGAAGCAUUGUCGUGGUAGGAAUAUGGAGUGUGAUCAGUAUAAUUGUGAUCGCUCUGCAAUGCCAGCUUCCACAUCCUUGGGUGUUUGACCCAGGGCAAUGUAUCAAUGUAAGAGCCUUUUGGACAAUCAAUGCAGUAGUGGAUGCGUUAACUCAGGUGUUCACUGGUCUGCUUCCUGUGUAUAUUCUGAAUGGUCUGAGAAUGAAGGAUUCCAGGAAAAGACUGACAAUACUUCUGUUCUCGCCGAACCUUUUGACCUUACCCCUCCUCAUUCUCCGCAUAGUCUAUCUUUACAACACCAUCGAUUCCACAAACUAUACUUGGGAUUCAUUUAACUUGGCUUUGAUAACGAACUUACAAUCUUCCUUCACAGUUAUACUGUCCUGUAUACCCUUCACCAAAUCCAUCAUCGACAGUCUCGUCGUCGCACCGCAUAUCAUAACAGACACUACGAGCGGGGUUUUAUCGAGUAAUCGGCCAAAAAGUGCAGGAAGGAAGAACAAAUCUUACACUAGAGGCUCUUCACACUUCUUAAGUGGAGUUGCAGCUAGGACAACUACACUUGUAACUGCUACUGGUGGUGAAGCACAAGAAUUGAACGAGUACAUCAGCCGUGCUGAGAGCCAAGAACGAAUGAUCUCAGGGCCAACAAGCCCAGCUACAAACAAGGCUAAAUGGCACCCAUAAAGAAAACCGAUGAUAUUCCUUGGCCCCCUGACACUUUCAAAACAAUAUGUGACAGCGACUGGUAACUCAGGCCAUCAACAAGAGGCUUUCAAGCAAAGCAUGAUGAACUAGCCUUGGAUGACAGCCCUUUGUCAUAUCAAUUUCGCUAUGUCGGUGGUAUUUCUCGCCUCACUAAUAGAUGUUGGCUACAUGGAAGCCUUCGUCUGGCACUAAACAGACGCGACGAGUAAACAAACAAACGCAUCCUAUCAAUUACAAGAGGGUAUGUUUAUCCCACCUCUCUAACCUCCUUCAUCAAAAACCACUAAUUCCACAUCCAACAACACAACUCCACACCUGUCCACCCUAUCCAUCACUCUCUCCAUCUCCAACAAAUCUCAAAUUCAGAUACCGUACCUAUUCAUUUGAAAAACUCGCCGAACGCUAGCAAGGAUUCAGAAUUCAAGCUCAUCGUGGGUUAGGGUUGGUUGUGGCAAGCACCACCGGAGGCGACUGAAUCGUUCACUUGAUGGAUUAUUCAUCAAAUGCCUUGAAUUUCAGUUGAAUUAUUAUUCUA